AUGCAAGUCAAAAGUCACUCAGUCGAGUUCACAGACAUCCCUCGUGAUCGAGCCGAUACCUCGGUCAGAGAAAAGCCUGUCGUCACUUUCAAGGAGGACGUUAGUUUUGCAAAGGACAACGCUGCCUCUAGGAAAGACGGAGCAAGGAGUAAGAGUGAAGAGAACAAUGGCGCCGUCCCUGCAGGCAAGGAGCCGGAAAUCAAGAAUCUCUACACCCACAUUUAUGAAGGCAAAUUAUGGUGGUUAGAGCAGAAUCCUGAUGGUAAACUGAGUGCAAUCAUGCCCCCCGAGGACGUUGAGAAAUUUGCCGUCAUCCAUCGACGCCAUAUAUCAGAACACAUCGAAAGUCACAGCAUCGUGAUCCAUUCGCCGCACCUAAAGGAGGCUUUGAAACCAGUCUUUCAGGACUAUCCAGAAAUCGAUUUCACGUCGUCGUCACUGCAGAUAAUGACUCCGUUCCUUUGCUUCGUCUACCGAUGGGAACAAUUUAAAGCUGCCAAAGAUGAGGCGGCGCGGCAUCCCGAGACCAAAGCGUACAUGGAUCUUCUCUACAACAUGAUAGUCGAGCGGCUGAGGAACAGUGUGGACGCCCGAAAACACUGCUUGGAAACUCGAACGGUUACAUUCGUGGAACUGUGGACUAUUUACCCCCCUGGCUCUGGUGUCUUGUAUCGCGGGCAUGACAACAAUCCUGUGUAUGGUCGAGAGCCCGGGUAUUGUCGCCAUCUUCAAGCGUUUCAAGUUAUAAGGUCGUCAUAUAAAACAGCCACGGACGGCAAGCAACUUUAUGUUCUUGAAUGCAAGUUCAUCAGCAUGUGGCAGGGCUUGGCCUGGUACCAGGGGGAGGUCGAAAUCUCCCAAUAUGAAGGGCGUAAACAAUUCGCCUCCCUGCCCCUGAUUCCGCUUGAGGGCCACGAGCAUCAAGGGCAGUUUACAACGCGGCUUGGCGGGAGGGGUCAGAAGUUUAUGAACCUCGCAAGUUCCUCGGCCCAGCCCAAAGAGUACGACAGAGGUGCCCUCUCGCGGCGGGAGUGUGGCUGCAGAGGAGGCGGGAUGGAGGUCGAGGGCCGCAUCAUGCUUGGUGGGGAGGAGGAUGGACUUUCCCCCGGGGACUACAAGUUACUACAAAGGCUGCAGGCCAACCGUGACGAUGUUUUUACAUCACCGUCGUCGUCGUCCGAAUCCUCCAGCAGCCAAGUCCCGCCAACCGUGACAGAGGACCAACUCAUGUACACGUCGCCCGUCAUCCGUGCCUGGUCUUUCAAAAAGGAGGCCUGGAUGGACUUGUUGGUCGACGGCAUGCGCGAUGUGCAGUUCGAUGAAAUGCAUUGA